AUGUUUCGGCCGUCUCUCCUUCUGCCCAGCGACGAAUAUCGCGGGCACUCCAUGUGGAAGGUUUCCUGGAUCUGCAGUGGGGUGCUCUUCGAGUCGGGGAGCCUGCUGUUGAUGGCGAUUCUCGCGUGGUGUUACGCGGCGACGGACGUGUCGCGGGACGUCUGGGCAACCCUGCCUGCGCCCCUCGCGGUGUUCGACCUCGUUGUGGUACUUCUGGGCGUCCGGCGCCUCCAGAUCGGCCGCGAGUGGCUUUUGACGUCUGAAUUGCAUGUCCGGAGUCUGCUGUUGUUCUCAUUCCUCUUUCGUCUCCUCUCGUCGCUCACCCUGUCCCUGGUCCUUCUGGAUCUCCUGCCGCUCUGCGUCCUUCCCGUGCCGCCCUGCUUUGGCUACCUAGGGGGGCUCCUCAUCAACGCCUACGCCGGUGACACGUACACCUGGGUGCGCCUCCACGUCUUGGACCUGGUCGUGUUUCUGACGAGCGUGAACGUCGUUGCGUCUUCUUUCUCUGCGACGCCCUGGUCCGCCUCGUGUCUCCUCUAUCCCGUCUUUGCUCUCGGCGUCGCCUUCUUGGCGCUCACGCUUCUUCUGUGGUACGUGCUGAUCACCGACACUGCCCUCCGGCACGACACACUCCUUCGUCUCGCAGUCAACCUCCUGCUCCAUCUUUCCUUCGCCUUCUUCCUCUUUGUCAUUUUCCUUGCUCAGUUCCUGGAUCAGCGAAAACCCCCGGAUGCCGUCGGCCUCUUCCUCGCUCCGGGCGAGGCCGGAGGCGUCCCCGACGCACCCCACCCGUCACGCAGGGGGGCGGGUCUCUUGUCUCUCUUGGUCUUCCUCUUUUCGCCUCACAAAAGGCACAAUGUAAGCGUCCCGUUUCUCAGCCGCGACCAGCCCCCGCUCCCCUCCGUGCCCGUCGCGCCUUCCUCGCCACAGGGGCCGUCUCUUCUCGCUCCAGAGGAAGCUGUUGCCGAAGGGCCCGACUCCAUCACAGCCACGUACUGGGCCAUUCCGCUGCUCUUUGCUCUCCUGCUGGUCCAGAUCUUCGCGGGAUCCUGUUUCGUCUUUCUCGUGGCUUCCCACACAGCGGUUUCCUCGCCUCCGGACUCGCCCUUCCUGUCUCUUUCAGCCGCCGCGAACGCUGCACCCCACAGCCACCGCCGAGAUGGAGCCGGAGACCUUCGCGGAACCGAGGAGACACCUGCCCUCACCUGCAAUAUGCGCGUUACCCUCGAAAAGGUUGGACACCAUUUCUACCGCAUUCUGCACAGCCCCGAACCGAACGGCCUGGCCGAGCCAGUGGCGUUUCUUCGGGAUGCUCUCCCCCCAGCCCGACCGCAGGGAGGAGACGGGGCCUUCAAGGGGGACGACAAGGCGGCGACCCGCGCCCGACAGACAGAAGACGCACCGGCGGGGACGGAGACCCCCUUUGAGCGCAAAGACCGAGACGCCGAAACCGGUCCGGACGGGGACAGCGGCAGCAUGGAACCUGCGGCGGUUGUAGCAGUAGACGUGCGCGAGGAAGGCGGCAAGGGGAAAAGUGUUCUUGCGCGCGUAGAAGCUUGGAGACUUGCGGCGGAGAGAGAGAGAGAGAGACGCAGUGGGCGGCGAGACGCAACGCAUGGGCGAGACAGAUCUACGGAUGGGGCGUUUUCUUCAGGGGCCGAAGAAGGAGCUGGAAGAGAACGCGAGGACACGAAGAUGUCAGAGAACAGAAGGACGGCGCCUGACCCGCCGGAUGCCUUAGAGAAAGCGACAGACCUUCCUGUCUCUCCGGGAGAACACUCGCCAGCAAUGCACGGAGGCAGGAAGCACAGGGAAGCUCAAGACAGAGAGGGCCGAGAAGACCGAACUCGUCAGACUGAAGACUUCGCGCAGGACAAACUGCAGUUGGAGCUCGCAGCUGCGCCUGCUGUCCUCUCCGCUGAAGACGACCCCAGUUGUUCGGUGUCUCCACGGGAGUCUGUGGGUCUGUCUCCUUCGUCGCUCCCAAGGGACACGUGUCCCUUCUCCACAAGCUCACGUCUGUCUCUGGAGUCUCGCAGGCAGGCCACAGGGCAUAGCGCAAACUUGGGGGCCGUUCUCGAAGAAGAAACUGGUAGGAAGAGAGAGAAGGGGACGGGAGGGGGUGCGCGGAGGAGAGAAAGCAACGCAGCUGCGAAUGCCGAUGAACCAAGCGAGGCCCCGGAUGACGCAGCACUCCAUCUCUCGAGACCCGGAAAAGGGAAUCAGGUUUGGAGACCGGAGGCGUUUCAGCAAGAAGGGAGGCGGCGUGAGCAGCCAUUCGUUGCGGUUAGUGGUGUAAACACACGCGAAGAGAAAAGCCAACAAACAACCAGACCCGGUGAAGGCUUGGACCACGGAGAAGCAGCCGCAUGCUGUGCCAGUGUGCAAGGUGUCUCCUUACCUCGGGGAAGUGAAGGAUCCGAUGCCGGCGCGGUUGUGGCGUGGGGCCAGGUGUCUCCGUCGGCCGACGGGAGGCAGCAAGGCGUUGGGUCGGAAGGGGAAGUGGGAAGGGAAGGACAGGGUGGAGACCGCCAUUCCCGGUGUGUGCUCCGCAGCCCGAGAGAGGCAGUUGAAGAAGCGGUGGAGUCUCCGUCUGCGGCACCCAGCAGGGCGUCCUCGGGGGGACAAAGCGAAGACGGCGACUCGUGCAUCAUCUGCUUCCAGAGUCGUCCAAACGCAGUUCUCCUGUUUUGCGGUCACGGGGGCCUUUGCUUUCCCUGCGCCCAGACCUGCUUCCGAAGGAACGGAAGGUGUCCAUCGUGUCGUCAGGCGGUGAAGGGUGUGGUGGAGCUUCAGGACGAUUCAGGCCCAGCGGCAGAAGGAGGGGAUUCGCAGGAGCAAGACGAAGGCCAAGUGCGAGAGCCGAGGGGAAGUCGACGCUCCUUAGUCACUGCUACAGUGAAAGAUGUAAAGAAGUCGUAG